AUGUAUAUUGAUUUAGAAGGUAGUGAUGAUGAUAUUUUUAGCGGAGCCAAUGAUAAAGGUUCUAAAGGUAGAGAAAAAGAUGACAACAAUCAUGAAUAUACACAAGCAGGGGAAAAUACAAGGGAUUACAAGGAGUUCUGUGAAAAGAUAGAGGAUCUAAAUGAGGAUGAUUAUGAGGAGUUCUGUGAAAAGAUAGAGGAUCUAAAUGAGGAUGAUUAUGAGGAGUUCUGUGAAAAGGCAGCUAAUGAAGAUGAACUUCAUUCUUUGCAUAGUGCAUCUGAAGAUGAUGUGUCAUACCCUGAAUUUAAUGAGAGUUCUAGUUUUGCAAGCCCCCAAUUAUGUAUGGGUAUGAAAUUUUCAAGUCACAUAAUCUUUAGAAGGGCAUUAAAAGAAUGGGCUAUAAGAAAUGGUUUUGGUUUCAAGUUGUUGAAAAAUACUUCAACAAGGAUAACAGCUAUAUGCCAUCAUUUGUGUGGUUUUAAGGUACAUGCCAGUAAGUUAAGAGAUAGUACAACAUUUCAAAUCAAAACUUUCAACCCUAAACACAGUUGUCCUAGGGAUUUCCAUAAUAACCUUGUGGAUAGCACAUAUAUAUCACAAAAAUUUAUUGAAGAUCUAAGGGAUAACCCAACAUGGGUGGUGAAUGCAAUGCAAAAGAAAAUACAAAGGGAUUUAGGGGUAGAAGUUUCUUUACAACGAUGCUAUAGAGCGAGAAGGAAAACCAAGAAAGUGAUAGAAGGUGAUGUAAAAGAGCAAUACAGAAGGCUUCAUGAUUAUGCUACCACCAUUAUGAAGUUUAACCCUGGAAGUUGUAUGAAGAUUAAAACUUUUCUGGCUGAUUCCCCUAUUAUUCAAAAUGAACAGAAUGAAGAGAUUUUAACUCCAAUCCCUAAACAAAUAUGUGUGUUUGAGUACAUGUAUGUAAGGUUUGCUGCCCAAAAGCAGGGUUUCUUUGCCGGUGUCAGGCCAUGGAUUGGCUUAGAUGGUUGUCACUUAAAGACUCCAAUGGGUGGCCAAUUGUUAUGUGCAGUUGGAAGAGAUGGGAAUGAAAACAUGUUCCCACUUGCUAUAGGGUUGGUGGACAUAGAGGAAAAGGCAAGUUGGUUAUGGUUUAUAAAGCUCUUGUUAGAUGACUUUGGUAAACCUGAAGAUUGUGGUUGGGGUCUAAUUGAAGCUUUUAAAGAAGUUGGUUUGGGUGUUGAGCAUAGGCAUUGCAUGAAGCAUCUGUAUGAUAAUUACAAGGUGCAUUUAAGGAGUAUUGAGUACAAAAAAGAACUUUGGGCAGUUACUUCUGCAGGGUCAAUGGCACAAUUUGAGUAUAGAGUUACUAAACUGAAAGAGUUUGAUACAAAUGCUUAUGAUUGGGUAAUGAGAUCUGAGCCAAAAACAUGGGCAAGGGCAUUUUUUUCAACACAUGUUAAGUGUGAAGCAUUGCAGAAUAACAUAUGUGAAUCAUUCAAUGCCUAUAUACUAAAGGCAAGGGACAUUCCAAUUCUUAGUAUGUUUGAGUGGAUAAGGAGAAGAAUACUGAAGAGAUUUCAUGUCAAGUACACUGCCAUGCUGAAAUACAAGGGAGACAUUUGCCCAAAUGCACAAGACACUUUGGAAAAGCUAAAGUUUGAGAGCAGGAAUUGCUUUUGCACUCUUGUAGGUGAGAGAAGAUAUGAAGUGGACUUCUAUGACACCACUAAUGUGGUUAAUUUGAUACAUCAGUCAUGCACAUGUAGAAUGUGGGAAUUGUCAGGUAUACCAUGCAAGCAUGCUGUGUCUGCUAUUUAUACAAAUAGGGAGCAGCCUGAAAAGUAUGUACACAAGUACUUUCAUAAGGAUACCUAUUUUUCUAUUUACAAUUAUGUCCUUCAUCCACUACCUGGACAGUAUGACUGGGAGAAAACAAAUUUGCCUGAUAUACAGCCUGCCAUGGUUAGGAAGCCAGCAGGCAAACCUAAGAAAAGAAGGAUUAGGGCUAUUGAUGAACCUAGAAAUCCUUUCAAAUUGACAAGAGCUGGAGGCACAGUAUAUUGUGGCAAUUGCAAGCAAAAAGGCCAUAAUGUUAGGGGAUGUAAAGCUGCAUUAACAAGAGAUACACCUUGGCAGAGGAGACAAAGAUUAAGCAGAGCCAAGAAAAUGGGUGAGCAAAAUAUCAAUGAACGGCAUAAUGUGACACAAAGCACAUCAACUACAGGACCACCCUCAUCAAAGAAUGGUAAAAAAUAUGGUUAG